CAUGUACCGCACGUAUUUUCUCGGGAAUACGAGCGUGGCUUCUUCUAAGAACGCCACUCGUGCAAUUAGUUUCUGCGUUCUUUUUGUUCUCCUAAGUGUUUUGGCUUCUGCAGUAGAGGUUUCUCAUGAUGGAAGAGCCCUCAUCAUUGAUGGCAAACAUAGGAUUUUGCAGUCUGGCUCCAUCCAUUACCCUCGUAGCACUCCCGAGAUGUGGCCAGAUUUGGUAAGGAAAGCGAAGGCAGGUGGUUUAGAUGCAAUUGAGACUUAUGUUUUCUGGAAUGUACAUGAGCCUCUUCGUCGGGAGUAUGAUUUUAGUGGAAACCUUGAUCUCAUAAGGUUUAUCCAGACUAUUCAGGCCGAAGGACUGUAUGCAGUUCUUCGAAUUGGACCUUACGUCUGUGCUGAAUGGACCUAUGGAGGGUUCCCUAUGUGGUUGCACAAUAUGCCUGGUAUCGAGUUCCGGACGGCGAAUAAAGUUUUCAUGAAUGAGAUGCAAAAUUUCACGACCUUGAUUGUGGACAUGGCAAAACAAGAGAAGCUUUUUGCUUCACAAGGCGGCCCAAUCAUCAUUGCCCAGAUCGAGAAUGAAUAUGGUAAUAUUAUGGCACCUUAUGGAGACGCCGGAAAAGUGUAUGUUGACUGGUGUGCCGCCAUGGCCAACUCCCUUGACAUUGGAGUUCCAUGGAUUAUGUGCCAACAGAGCGAUGCCCCACAACCAAUGAUCAACACAUGCAAUGGGUGGUACUGUGAUUCAUUCACACCAAACAAUCCCAAUAGUCCUAAAAUGUGGACGGAGAAUUGGACUGGCUGGUUUAAGAACUGGGGUGGAAAGGACCCACAUCGAACUGCAGAAGAUCUUUCUUAUUCGGUUGCCCGAUUUUUCCAAACUGGCGGCACAUUCCAAAACUAUUACAUGUAUCAUGGUGGUACCAAUUUUGGUAGAGUUGCUGGUGGUCCAUACAUCACGACAUCAUAUGAUUAUGACGCACCUCUUGAUGAAUUUGGUAAUCUGAACCAACCAAAAUGGGGACAUUUGAAGGACCUCCACACUGUUUUGAAGUCAAUGGAGGAAACUCUCACAGAGGGAAACAUAACUACUAUUGAUAUGGGAAAUUCUGUUGAAGUCACAGUGUAUGCAACACAGAAAGUAUCAAGCUGCUUCUUUGGCAAUUCCAACACCACUAAUGAUGCUACAUUCACUUAUGGUGGAAUUGAAUAUACUGUUCCUGCUUGGUCUGUUAGCAUCCUUCCAGAUUGUAAGAAGGAAGUUUAUAACACUGCCAAGGUAAAUGCUCAGACUUCGGUGAUGGUAAAGAAUAAGAAUGAAGCUGAAGACCAGCCAGCUUCUCUUAAAUGGUCCUGGAGGCCAGAGAUGAUUGAUGACACCGCCGUUCUUGGUAAGGGUCAAGUCUCUGCAAAUAGAAUUAUUGAUCAGAAGACCACUAAUGAUCGGAGCGACUAUCUGUGGUACAUGAACAGUGUGGAUCUCAAUGAGGAUGAUCUUGUUUGGACGGAUAACAUGACAUUAAGAGUCAACGCAACCGGCCAUAUCCUUCAUGCUUAUGUUAAUGGGGAAUACCUUGGUUCACAAUGGGCAACAAAUGGAAUCUUUAACUAUGUGUUUGAGGAGAAGGUGAAGCUGAAGCCUGGAAAAAAUUUGAUUGCAUUGCUCAGUGCUACUAUUGGUUUUCAGAACUAUGGCGCCUUCUAUGACUUGGUUCAAUCUGGAAUCUCUGGGCCCGUGGAGAUCGUUGGAAGAAAGGGUGAUGAAACAAUAAUCAAAGACUUGUCAUCCCACAAAUGGUCAUACAAGGUUGGAAUGCAUGGCAUGGCCAUGAAGCUAUACGAUCCGGAAUCGCCCUCUAAGUGGGAAGAAGGAAAUGUACCCCUGAACAGGAACUUGACUUGGUAUAAGACCACCUUCAAGGCUCCUCUGGGAACAGACGCAGUUGUGGUAGAUUUACAAGGUCUGGGUAAGGGUGAGGCCUGGGUGAACGGCCAGAGUCUCGGCCGCUACUGGCCGUCUAGCAUAGCAGAAGAUGGGUGCAACGCAACCUGUGACUACCGCGGCCCAUACACCAACACAAAAUGUGUUAGAAACUGUGGCAAUCCCACCCAGAGAUGGUACCAUGUUCCCAGGUCCUUCAUGACCGCAGAUGAGAACACACUGGUCUUGUUUGAAGAAUUUGGUGGCAACCCGUCUCUGGUGAACUUCCAAACCGUCACGAUUGGAACUGCAUGCGGAAACGCAUAUGAGAACAAUGUGUUGGAACUUGCCUGCCAAAAUCGACCAAUUUCAGAUAUUAAGUUUGCUAGCUUUGGUGAUCCACAGGGCAGCUGUGGAUCAUUUAGCAAAGGCUCCUGCGAGGGGAACAAGGAUGCGUUGGACAUCAUCAAAAAGGCCUGUGUUGGAAAGGAAUCAUGCUCUCUCGAUGUGUCUGAGAAGGCCUUUGGGUCAACAAGUUGCGGCAGCAUCCCCAAGAGGCUUGCAGUUGAGGCAGUUUGCUAAUCGUCAAUUUUAUUUAUUUAUUUUAUAAUUUUCUGUCGAUCGUUUAGGUUCCUUCCAAUGAGGGAGUAUCACAACCUGA